AUGCUGGACACUCUUGCUGGAAACAAAUGUUUUUCAAUGUUUGAUUUAAAGAGUGGAUAUUGGCAGAAUGAAAUCUUUUAUUUUACAGGUAGAUUUGAUGACUCUGUAAUUGAAGAACGAAGACAAAGUGCUUUGCAGUUGCUUCAGUUUGCAGCUAGUUAUCCACCUUUGUUUACUAGUCAAGUGUUUGUCAAGUUUUUUGAGGAUGGUUACAAAAUAGAAAACAGUGAAUAUAAAAAGAAAACAGAAGAAAAGACUGAAGUAAAUAUUUUGCAGCCAAGCAGAUGUCUUCAGAAAUCAGAUGUACCUCUUUCCUCAUUUAGUGGUUCUAAAACAAAAAGCUUAGAAACCAACUGUAAGGAAUCAAAUAAUUCAUUGGGAGGAACAUGGCAACAUCAUCAGGUUCCAGAUAAUAUUAGUUUGGGCUCUCAUUGUACAGAUGAUGAUGAUGAUCAUACUACAUUUACUGAUGAUGACAGUAUAAUAUCUAGGCCAUCUUUUAACUUAUUUGAAUUUGAUCCUUUGCUUGAAUCAAAAGAUGAUGGAUCAGAACAGGCCAAAUCUCCUUUAACUGUAGAUAAUGUGUGCAACAAUUGGCUGUUAUCUGCAUUAGAAUCAUGUAGCACUUCCAAUACUGAAAAAGAUAUUGAAGGCAUGCUUGAAUUUCCUACACCAUUUGAUGAUUUUGAAAAUAUUGAUGAAGCUCUAACUCCAUCAAAUAAAUCUACAUCUUCAUUUAAUUUAAACUCAGGUUCUGGCAAUAAUCAACACUUCACAUUUGAUUCUCCUGUAUCUGCGUCAGUUGAAACUUGUGAUGUAAUGGAAUUUGAUCCUUUAGUUUCUCAACAAAAUAUUAUUAAAGAAGCAGAAAAUGAUGUUUGUAAUAGUGAUGAAUUUGCAAUGACACCUGAUGCUUAUAAAGGUGAAGCAGCACAUCGACCUUCAUAUAUAAUAUAUGCCUCCAAAUAUGUAUUGCAUGCUCAAGAAGCAGAAGAAAGUGGUAAAUAUCCUGAAGCUUUUGAUUCAUAUAAAAAGGCCAUUGAUGUACUUUUGCAGGGUAUUAAAAAAGAACCAUGUCCUGAUUUAAGUGAUGCUGUCCGUAAAAAAGUAUACUUAUAUCUUAUGCGAGCUGAAGAAAUUUAUGAAAAUAAAUUGCCCAAAUCUGUAAAUAGUACAGAAUCAAAG